AUGCAAUUAGAUGAAGUUCACAGCCACCAGGAUUCAGAAUCCGAGAUCGACCGACUCUUUGCUGACAUUCGUGAUGCAGCCAUAAAUGGCAUUUGGAUGGAGAAGAAUGUGACCAGCUCUCCAAAUUGGUCAUUUGGACAAGCAUUUUUCUUUGCUGGUACUCUCGUCAGUACAGUUGGUUAUGGCCGAGUUUCACCAAGAACAGAGCAUGGAAAGCUAUUUACCAUAGUUUAUUGCAUUAUUGGAAUUCCUCUAACAUUAGCCCUGCUAUCUGCCAUAGUGGCCCGGUUAAGGCGACCGUCACAACUGUUACGCGGGUUCCUCAAUCAAAAAUUAGCCCAUAUUUUCCAUGCCGGUCAAAUUCAGAUGUUUCACUUAGCAACUGUAUGUACCCUACUUCUCGUAUUCGUCUUCAUUAUACCGGCUUGGAUUUUCACAAACAUUGAGCCUGAAUGGACGUUUUUGGAUGCAUUCUAUUAC